GGGGCGGGUGUCUCUGUAGGCAUUUGUCAGUAUGCUCUCGAGCAUAAUGUCAACAAGAAGUGGAUUUCUCAGACUCACGCUGCUGGUGUCGGCGGCCCUGUUUGCCCUGCUGCUGCUCCUGAACACGCUGCAACGCUCGGACCAGCUCCUGGUACCGACCCGGGCCGCCGACGUUGCCCGGAAGGAACCAAAGGCCACACCGCCGCAAGUGCAGGACGUGGAGGAACCCAUCGAUGAGGCCCUGGUGCGGCAGCUGGAGCAGGAGCUGCCCGAGGUGGACUACGGCCUGUGGUAUCGCACCGCCAAGCCAUUGGGCUACAAGGUGAACGCCACAUGUGCCCCCUACCCGGAUCCGCUCGACCUGCAUCUGCACAACAUUUACUGGCAGACCUUCCUCAACGGGAACGUGACCUUCCGCCUAUAUGCCGCAUACCUGGACCAGCGGGCGGCCGUGAAGAGCCGCAUAGUGCGAGUACUGGCCACGGCCAAUCAGAUCGGAAGCGACUUUCCGCCCACCCACUGCCAGCUGUGGUACAAGGGCCGCCGGGAGCCUAUCUUCGUGAAGGUCAGCGAGUUCGUCAGCGUAUGGGUCAAGAACUGGGGCCACACGCCGCAGCUUAGCUAUCCGCAUCUGCUGAGCUGUCCGGUACCCAAAGAACUGCCCCCAAAUAUCCUGGACUCCCUGCCCAGCACCGUGUCCCUGGUGGUCGAGCCUUGCGACAAGGCCAGCAACUCCCUGAGGGUGCACUUUGAGCUGCCCAAGCAGCGACCGAGCAGCAGCUCUACUUCCAUUUCUAACAGCACGGCGACCAACGCCAAAGGUCUGCUGAGCUUCGGGGUAUGCCUCAAGGGCUUCGACUUUCCGUAUGUGGACCUCUCGGAGCGCCUGAUCGAGUGGUUUGAGCUGCAGCGACUGCUGGGCGCCUCGCGGGUUUAUGCAUACAUGUACGACGUUCAUCCGGCAGUGCAGCGGGUCCUGGACUACUACCAGCGGACGGGAUACCUCGAGCUGCGGCCCCUGACCCUGGCCAACGGAAUGCCCCGGCUGCGCCACUACCAGCACAUGCUGCUGCAGCAGCGCCGGCUGGUGAAGCGACUGAACGAGCUGAUACCCUACAACGACUGCUUCUACCGCAACAUGUACCGGCACGACUACCUACUCAAUGUGGACGUCGACGAGGUGAUCAUGCCGCUGGGCGAGCAGCGCACAUGGCAGGAUGUGGUGGAGCGAGCCCACCAGAUAGAGAAGGCCAAGGGGGGGAAAUGCGCCGGCAGCUUUACCUCGUUGUGUAUGAUCAAUGCCUACUUCACGCGAGUGGUGCCCGAGGCGCACAACCACGAGGAGCAGGAGGCCGGCGAGCUGUACGUGCUGCAGCACACGCUGCGGCAUCGCAACCACUCGCUGCCCGGACGUGCCACAAAGUGCUUCCACAACACUCGCUACUCCCUGACCCUGCACAACCACUUCACGCUCAAGUGGCUCUCGGGAGCCUGCAAUCCGCGCACCGUCGACAUCUCGGUGGCCCAGAUGCAGCACUACCGGGAGCCGGAUAAAAAAUACGAGCUCUCCGAGCUGGUCGAGGAUCGCAGUGCCUGGAGGUAUGCCGAGGCCCUGCGCGCAGCCGUGGAGCAGGUGUGGCUGCACCUGGACGACGUCCAGGGCCAGAGCAACGAUGCAGAGGAGCAGUCGGCGCUAGAAGCGGCCCUGGUCGAGGAGCAGGAAUCGGACCUGGAGCAGCAGCAGCAGCAACAGAUGAUGCUGCAUCCCCCAGUGCCCGUCGCUAAGAAAUAGUCCUAACACACCAGAAAUAGUUUUAGCAUUAUUGUGUAUUUUUUUUCGUAGUUAUAGUUCUUGCUCAAACACCUAUACUCAGUAGCUCAGUAGCUCAGAAGUCUGAAGCCCCUCAGCCAAAUAAUAAAGUGAUUUUCCA